AUGCCAAAGUCCUCGGACAAAAUCUCAAGCAGCGUUGAUCCAGUACGCAUCGAGACCGCCCACUCAUCUCCGUCCAUCAAACCGGCCACAAAUGCCCAAAACGAAAAAGCUUCGAGUGCUCAUUCCGAUCUGCUGCUUUUAUUUUCUUUUUACUUUUCUCACCACCGUCACUGGCGAGUCAACCUCUCUGGCCCGAUUCCGAUUCUAACGUGCGCACCAGUCCCUACGUUUUCACAGCUCCAGGAGCAUUAUAAUGCUACGUAUGCUCAGAUAAACUACAGUGUCGCCAUUCCUGCUCUCGCUCUCGCCGUCUCACCACUUUUCUGGACCCCAUUUGCCGAUAUCUAUGGCCGACGAACGGUUUGCAUUGCUGGUUGUACGCUUGCUCUCGCAGCAACAAUAGGGAGCGCCCUCGCACCCACCUACUCGGGCUACAUGGUCCUGCGCUUUCUUCAAGGCUGGGGAGUCGGUCCAGCCAGCACAGUCGGCCUUCAAAUGCUCCAGGAUACAUACUCUGAACUCGAACGAGGCGCAACGGUUGGCUUCUGGACUGCAUCCAUUGACCUAGGCCUGUUGUUUGGACCCCUCCUUGGUGGCUUUGCGGCAAUGGCAUCCUUCACUUGGCCAGCAUGGCUUACAGCCAUCAUGUUUGGAAUCUUGUUGGUGGUUAUGCUCUUUGGCAUGCCAGAGACGGCGCCGAGCACCUUUAGCCACGACAGGAAGCAGCCGUUUCUCAAUGUGACUCCUAUACCCAACGUCACCCGCCCAAAGCUGUGGUCAACAACCGUCAACUGCCUGCGAAUGUUUGCCUAUCCUAAAGUCGCUAUUCCCAUCGUUUUCUAUUGCUGGGCCUGGUACUGGUUCAUCAUGUGCCCUAUCACCAUGAUUCCUGCAGCCUUCCCAACCUACAGUCCACAGACCCAAGGGUUGCUCUUCAUAGGCCUUAUCCUCGGCACGGCAUUGGCCGAAGCACUAUGCUCGGGUCGCCUGUCCGACAAUCUCGUCACUAAAUUCUCCAUUGCUGGGUCUCGUUCUCCCGAGCACCGACUUUGGCUUUAUUGGCCUGCUGCCGCGGCAACUGUCCUCGGACUCAUCCUUUUUGGGUGUUCGAUUCAGUUCUCAUGGCAUUGGAUGAUUGUUCAAGUAUCCCUCGCUGUCAUGGCCUUUGGUGUCCAAAUAGGUAAUACGACUACAGUCUCCUACUGCGUCGAUUGUUAUCCGAAUCUUGCCAUGGAUGUCACGGCAUUCUAUAGCCUACAUCUCAAUCUGAGCGCGUUUGCAAGUCCCUUCUUCAUCGUACCCUGGGUGACGAGAAACGGCUGGGCACUCUCCUUUGGUCUACAGGGAUUGAUUGUUGCUGUGUGUACACUACUUGUCAUUGGUCCUUUCCAAUGGUGGGCGAGACGGUCUACCACCGGUUCAUGCUCUAAUGGUCUUUCGAGUCUGCAUUUUGUAUAG